AUGUCGGUGUACGCUAACUCGCAGCUGCAGCCUUCCCAGUCCCAGCUGCAACAGCAGAAAAGACACCAGCAAAGACUCAAUGAAUUGUUGGACGCCGUCAAGCAGGAGUUCGAUUUUGCUUUCAACGAAGCCUCCAACUACUCCAAGGUCAAGGAGGACUAUGACCUCAAGUGUAACCAGCAGACUGCUGAAAUGCAGCAGAUCCGUCAAACUGUCUACGAAUUGGAAAUGGCUCACAGAAAGAUCAAGGAAGCCUACGAGGAGGAGAUCUUGCGUUUGAAAACUGAGUUGGAAAACAGAGACAGACAAGCUCAUCUGGGUAAACCAAACGGUGCUCCAACUCCUCAGUAUCCUUACUCCUACCAGCAACAACAACAACAGCAGCAGCCUCAACAACCUCAGCCUCCUCAACAACCUCAACAACCCCAGCCUCCUCACCAGCAACAACAGCAGCAACCUCCUCCUCCACAUCUGCAGCCUCCUCUGCAGCCUGCUUCCAUCAAGCCCCCUAAGACCGAGGCCAAGAAACUGCCAAACGUGUCCAGAUCGGAGCCUGUCAAGGAUGCUCCUAAGUCUCUGGAGUUCUCUUCCGCUUUGACCGUUGUCGACAAGUCUCAGUACAUUGUCAACCCACAGGAGAAGAACUUGCACGUUAAGGAGAUUCCUCCUUUCCUCUCGGACUUGGAUGUGGCCAAGGCUAACCCAGACUUUAAGAAGCAGACCCCAGAGUUUUAUGUGCUUUAUAACCCAGCUUUCAAGCGUGACUUGGACGUUGACUUGAUCCAGUCUUUGGAUCACUCUUCUGUCGUGUGCUGUGUUAAGUUCUCCAAGAACGGUGAAUUCAUCGCUACUGGUUGCAACAAGACCACUCAGGUCUUUGAUGUGAAGACUGGUGCUUUGAUUGCCAAGUUGAUCGAUGACAACAGCUCUAACAGCAAUGCCGUCGAGGGCGAAGGUGAUGGCGACAACAAGGACGGUGCCAACUCUGCUGCUUCUGCCAACGCCAACGGUGACUUGUACAUCAGAUCCGUCUGUUUCUCUCCAGAUGGAAAGCUUUUGGCUACCGGUGCCGAGGACAAGUUGAUCAGAAUUUGGGACUUGUCAACGAAAAGAAUUAUCAAAAUCUUGAGAGGACACGAACAAGAUAUCUACUCGUUGGACUUCUUCCCUGAUGGUGACCGUUUGGUUUCCGGUUCUGGUGACCGCACCGUCAGAAUCUGGGACUUGAGAUCUUCUCAAUGCUCCUUGACUUUGUCUAUCGAAGAUGGCGUCACCACUGUGGCUGUCUCUCCAAACGGUAAGUUGAUCGCUGCUGGUUCUUUGGAUAAGACUGUCAGAGUUUGGGACUCUUCUACUGGUUUCCUCGUCGAGAGAUUGGACUCUGGUAACGAGAGCGGUAACGGCCACCAGGACUCUGUCUACUCCGUUGCUUUCUCUACUAAUGGUAACCAGAUCGCCUCUGGUUCCUUGGACAGAACCGUCAAGUUGUGGAACCUUGAAGGCAAGGCCGAAGGCGCUGUUAGCGGACAAUCGAUCGGUAAAAAGUCCAGCUGUGAGGUCACUUACAUUGGACACAAGGACUUUGUCUUGAGUGUAUGCUCUACUCCAGACAGCGAGUACAUCUUGUCUGGUUCAAAAGACCGUGGUGUGAUCUUCUGGGAUCAGUUCUCCGGUAACCCAUUGUUGAUGUUGCAAGGUCACCGUAACUCUGUCAUUUCUGUUGCCGUUUCAUUCAACUCGCUGGGCUCCGAGGGUGUGUUCGCUACGGGAAGUGGUGACUGCAAGGCUAGAUUGUGGAGAUGGAAGAAAAAACAGUAA